AUGCCUGGACAUCCAGAGGAGAGAGGACCUCAGCCUAAGCAGACCUUUCAUCCCGGCUGCUGUCAGCUUAUCAGACACUGCUUAAAGAGGAAUGUCAAACAAAGGCAGAGGCUGGGAGCGAAUCCGACAAUCCAGGACUCAACAUUCACAAUCCGGGACUGCUCCAGGAUGCUGGGAUGCGUGUAUGAGUGGUUCUGGUGGGAUCGGCUCUGGCUGCCUGAGAACGUGACCUGGGCAGACCUGGAGGACAGGGAGGGGCGGGUCUAUGCCAAGCCCUCACACCUGUACGCCACUGCCCCCCUCACCGUAGGCUUUCUGAUCGUGCGGUUCAUGUUCGAGAGAUGGAUAGCGACUCCCUUGGCAUUGAGGUUAGGUGUGAAGAGAAAAAUCUGUGUCCAAACUGAAGAAAUCCCAGUUCUGGAGCAUUUUUACUCCAGACAGAGCAAACAGCCUUCACAGGCAGACGUGACGGGUCUGAGUAAGAAGACCGCUCUGAGCCUCAGGGAGGUGCAGCGAUGGUUCCGGAGAAGGCGGUGUUUGGACCGACCAGGAGUUCUGAGGAAGUUCACCGAGGCCUGCUGGAGGUUUGUCUUCUACCUGUUUGCGUUCGGCGGGGGGAUUCUGGCUUUGUACGACAAAGAAUGGUUCUAUGACACCAAAGAAGUAUGGACAGACUUUCCGAAACAGUCCAUGUUGGCCUCGCAGUACUGGUACUACAUCCUGGAGAUGAGUUUCUACUGCUCCCUGCUGCUCAGCGUCACUUUCGACAUCAAGAGAAAGGAUUUCCGGGAGCAGAUCAUCCACCACUGUGCUACCCUGGUGCUGCUGUCCUUCUCCUGGUGCGCCAACUACAUCCGUGUGGGGACCAUGGUGAUGCUGGUGCACGAUGCCUCCGACGUGCUCAUGGAGUCGGCCAAGCUCUUCAACUACGCCAAAUGGGAGAAAACCUGCAACUGCCUCUUCCUUCUGUUCACUGUUAUGUUCUUGUGUACACGCCUCGUCAUUUUUCCAUUUUGGCUGAUCCACUGUACCUGGGUGCAUUCAUGCCAGGAUUACCCGCCCUUCUUUGGGUACUACUUCUUCAACAUCAUGCUGCUAGUUCUCCAGGCCCUGCACGUAUUCUGGGCUUACCUGAUCCUCCGCAUGGUGCACAAGUUUUUCUUCGGCAAGCUUAUCAAAGACGAAAGGAGCGACAAUGAGGACGAACAUAUGAGCGCGGCGGAGGAAGAUGCAGCAGAGGAGGAGGAGGAGAACGAGGAGGAGAAGGAGGGUCACUAUCGAGGAAAGCUCCAGGACAAGGGUCAGAACGGCUGCUCCCAACUCUUGCCCCCUCCUCACACCCACUGCCCCUCCAAGACCGUGUACUGA